AUGGCGACACAAGUUGAGGCCCAGGCUCACACUGAAAAGGUGGCACAAUUUUCAGCACCCAUGGUCAAGGGGGGAGCCCAAGUCGCAAAACCACCCCUUCCGGGAUGGAGGAUUUUCACCAUCAUCUUCUCUAGUACGCUUUUUAUGGUCAUUAAUAUAUUCAUCGGAUCGGGAUUUUCCUUAACGCUCCCGAGUAUCAGCGAAGAUCUCAAUAUCCCUCAAGCCUCGCUCCAGUGGGUUAUAUCUUCCUACACCCUCACCUCGGGGUGUUUUCUUCUUCCGUUCGGCCGCCUUGCGGAUUUGCAUGGUCGCCGUCGGGUAUUCCUCGCUGGUGCAGCCUGGGUAGCAGUUUGGUCCGUUGGAUGCGGUUUUGCAAAGAACGAAAUCAGUUUGGAUGUGAUGAGAGCGUUCCAAGGAAUGGGAAUCGCAGCUGGACUCCCCGCUGGAUUGGGGGUGCUCGCUCAAACAUUUGAGGUCGGGAGCAGGCUAAGGACUGUGGCAUUUUCCACUUUUGGCUGUGGGGCGCCACUGGGUAGCGCAUUAGGUUUCACAAUGGGGGGCGUCUUAACGCAGAAGACGAGUGCGCACUGGAGAUCCGCGUUCUUCUUCAGCGCAGGUCUUGCGGGGUUGACAUUUGUUACUGGGUGGCUCGCCAUCGAUAAAGAUACACAUCAUUUGGACCCAAGUCUUGACAGGCGUGUAGACUGGAUGGGGGCGUUCCUUGUGACAAGUUCGUUGAUACUCCUGACGUUUUCUCUCGGCGAUGUCGAGACUGCACCUGAUGGGUGGAAAACAAGCUACAUCAUCGCGUUGCUGGUUCUCUCCAUCGUCCUUCUAUGUGCAUUUAUACUAUGGGAGAAACGACUUGGCUGGCAAAUAUCCAGGAGGCUUUCCUCGAGCGUGACAUUGACGCCAACGGAAACCUUCCUUGAUAACCUGCUCACCAUACCACCCAUGCUCAACCUGGACUUGUUCACAAGGGCCCACGGCCGAAUGGCUGCAAUGCAGGCCCUGGCGUUCUUCGUAUGGGCAGGGUUCAGCAGCUGCUAUCAGAACUAUCUCGGUUUGUCUCCGAUACAUGCAAUGCUCCGAAUGCUUCCUAUGUCAAUUACCGGGGUAAUUCUCAACGGGAUAGUGGCCCUCGCUGUUGCACACAUUGAAGGCAUAGUUCUGAUUGUUACGGGAUGCGUGAUGGCAGGUCUUGCGCCACUCCUUUUCGCAAUAAUAGAUCCCUUAGCGACCUAUUGGGUAUUUGGCUUUCCUGCUGCAAUAUUUGGUGUGUUCGGGGCGGAUUUUAUCUUCGCAAGUGGGAGCCUAUUUGUGGCGAAGGUAGCCAGGCUGGAUGAGCAGAGUGUUGCAGGAGGACUGUUCACUACGUUGACGCAGGUUGGGACUUCCGUAGGACUUGCUCUCUCUUCCAUAGUCCUCAAUCAAAUGGUAGCGAGGAACAUACAAUCCCUGGGUCCUCAAGAAACCUCUUCAUCCAAACCAUCAUCCAGCACACCUAAAUCUGCUCUCCUGGAAGGAUACCGUGCUGUUCAGUGGCUGAACUUUUCGUUUAUGAUGGUUGGAUUGGUACUGGCUCUUGUGUUUUUGAGACACAUUGGCGUGAUUGCUAGGAUGGGGGAGGCCAAUCUUGAAGAGGAUGCUGUUGCUGAGACAUUGAGCCUGGAGGAUGAAAAGGUGGGAAAACAAUCCUAGGAGAGUCAGUUUG